CUGUCUCUCUUCGGAGUGUUCGACGGGCACAACGGUUAUCGCGGGAGCCUCUACGUGCGGGAGAUGCUCCUGCAUAAUAUCGCAUCGUCGCUGGAGGAGGAGACGUCUCUCGCUGAAGUUCAGUCUGCCAUCCAGCAGGCGUACGUCAAGACCGAUCAAGACUUCAUUUCCCUCGGCGUCCGCGAUGGCUGCUGUGUCGUCACUGUCGCUGUCUCUCCCUCCUUCAUCAUUGCUGCGAAUGCGGGCGACUCUCGAGCUGUGCUGGCGGUGAAGGCGGAGGAGGAAGGGGAGGAGAUGGGAGGGGAGGUGAGAGCUAUCGACCUGACAGAGGAUCACAAACCUGGACGUCCAGACGAGCAGGCGCGCAUUGAGGCUGCUGGAGGCUUUGUGGUCGAGCUGGGGGUCCCUCGCGUCAUGGGCUACCUCGCGGUCUCUCGCGCCAUCGGCGACGCUGAGCUGAAGCAGUUCGUCAUCGCCGAGCCCGAGAUCCACGUGAAGCCCCGCGAGCCUCAGGCCCAGCGGUUCGUCCUGCUGGCUACCGACGGGCUCUGGGACGUGAUGAGCUCGCAAGAGGCCGUCGAAUUCGUGUGGAAGAAGUGGGAAGAGAAGGAUCAUGGCGCCGAAGAGCUGGUGAGAGAGGCGUACAGGUUGGGGUCCUACGACAACAUCUGCGUGAUGGUG